UAUAGUUUGACAUGUGCGGCUUUGACAGAAUUCGAAUUAUGAAAACACUAGAUAGAUUUUGGUUCGGAAAAUAGUUUUUUUUUCAAUCAAAAUUUGGGAAUAUUAGAAGAAUUCACAGCGAAGUGCAAAUCUUUCAAUAUGUCAAAAUACCGAAAAGAGGUUUUAGCCAUAUUCAAACAGCUACAUGUAACACGCCAAAAACUAUUCCAAGGCGAUGAACCGAAUCUGGCCAAGGCUCGAGCAAAAAUUAAUGAAGAAUUCAAAAAUCAUAAAAUUGUCAAAAGCGAAGACGAAAUUCCGGAACUAAUUGAUGUGGCCAAACAAGUGGAACACUUCUACCGAACCCAAGUUGUGCAAGCGGUUCAGGUGGGCGAAAACAAGCAUAGAUUAGUCAUUCGAGAAGACACGGAAAAACUAGACAACAAAGAGUUUGACGAAAAAGCCAAAUUGCCGAAGCAAGGACGUGCAAAACAAUGUUGCAAAAAACCCGAAUGAAACGCUUCUGUCGCCUAUGGAUAUGUUGAUUCAUGUCAUUGCAAAAGAUGCUAUGUGCUUAGUUGAACUAUUGUAAAUUAUUAUUUGAAAUUUGUCCUGCCUGGAGGAAAGUUGUUUAUAAAGAGAAUUUAGUCAGUGCUUCAGAGGAAAAAAUGUAUUUUUUUCGCUCAAUUAAAAGAUAAAACCAAAGAACAAAA